AUGGCACCCGAUAAGCAGUGGAUGAAUCUUGUUAAUGAUCGGCUAAGUGAAACAUAUCAAUUUGGUAUUAAGGAAUUUUUAAGAUAUGCUACAAAAAAGGUGGGAGAUCGUGACAUUCGAUGUCCAUGUGUCAAGUGUAAUAACACUUACUCAAGAAGUCAUGAAAUGGUUGAAACCCAUCUAACAGUUUAUGGUAUAGUCCAAAAUUAUACAUUUUGGUAUCAUCAUGGAGAAAGGUUAGGUGAAUCUGACUUUGAAUCUGAAUAUGGAUCUGAGGGUGAAGAAGAUGAGGUAUUAGAAACUAGAGGAGAGGAAGAUAUUCAUGGGAUUAUGAGGGACUUUUUUCCUACUUUAGAUGCUUUCAACAAAAGUACAGCAGAUUUUGGUGGCUCAAGCAAUAAUAUGCAAAAAGAGGAUCCUAAUGAUGAAGCAAAGAAAUUUUAUAGGCUAUUGACAGAUUUGGAGCAACCAUUAUAUGAAGGUUCUAAGAGUUCAAAAUUGUCUACUAUAAUCAAGCUAUUACAUAUCAAGAGCCUUGGUCGUUCGAGUAAUGAGUCAUUUACUAUGUUAUUACAAAUAUUACAAGAUGAAUUACUCCCUGAUGGUUCGACUUUGCCAAAUUCAUAUUAUGAGGCAAAGAAGAUUAUUCAAGAUCUUGGACUUUCCUAUAAGAAAAUAGAUGCAUGUGUCAAUAAUUGUAUGCUAUAUUGGAAGAAAGAUGAGAAGUCUAACUUUUGUAGUAUAUGUGGAGCUUCGAGAUGGAAAAAUGAUAAUUGUAGCGGAGAAAUCAAAGUUGGAAGGAAUGGUAAAAGAAAACCUGUAAAAAUAUUGCGAUAUUUCCCGUUAAAGUCGAGGCUUCAAAGGCUAUUUAUGUCCAGCAAGAUAGCGUCCUUUAUGAGAUGGCACCAUGACAAAAGAGUAGAUGAUGGAGUAAUGAGGCAUCCGGCUGAUUCUUUACAAUGGAAAUCUUUUGAUGAAAUGCAUGAAAAUUUUGCUUCAAAGCCUCGUAAUGUGAGACUUGGUCUUGCAAGUGAUGGGUUCCAACCAUUUGCACAUUCCAAGACUUCAUAUAGUAUUUGGCCAGUAUUCCUUAUUCCAUACAAUUUACCUCCUUGGAUGUGCAUGAAAGACUCUAAUUUCAUUUUGUCAAUGCUUAUUCCAGGUCCUGAGGGACCAGGGGAUGCUAUUGAUGUCUAUCUCCAACCUUUAAUAGAAGAAUUACAAGAGCUGUGGGAAGUAGGAGUUGAAACAUUUGAUGCAUCAAUUCACCAGAAUUUCAAGAUGCAUGUAGCUUUACUAUGGACCAUUAAUGAUUUCCCUGCAUAUGGAAACCUGUCAGGUUGGAGCACUAAGGGUAAAUUGGCUUGUCCUUGUUGUAACAAGGAUACCUUUUCUAUGAGGUUAGACAAUAGCAGAAAGCAAUGUUUCAUGCGCCAUCGUCGCUAUCUUCCAAUGAAUCACAAAUGGCGUAUUGACAAGAAAUCAUUUGAUGGCACGAAAGAGUAUGGAUUACCACCAAAACCUCUUAUUGGUGAGGAUAUUCUAAAUCAGGUGAAAGAUCUUGAAGGAGUCAUUUUAUCUAAAGAUGUCAGUAAAAAGACAAAAGUUUCACAUGAUAAUAGAGGGGAUAAUUGGAAUAAGAAAAGCAUUUUUUUCAAACUUCCAUACUGGAGUAGUCUUUUGUUGCGGCAUAAUUUGGAUGUGAUGCAUAUUGAGAAAAACAUAUGUGAUAAUGUGCUUGGAACAAUUAUGAACAUUAAAGGGAAGACCAAAGAUACUGUUAAAUCUCGUCUUGAUUUGGAAGCAAUGAAUAUCAGACCAGAGUUGCACCCAAUACAAAAAGGAGACAAGCUUGUGUUGCCAGCUGCAACUUACACAUUAACUCUAGAAGAAAAGCAUACAUUUUGUAUGUUUUUAAAGCAAUUAAAGGUGCCAGAUGGGUUUUUCGUCUAA